AUGGCAGUGACAUCGAUGCCAGGGCCAAACGGGAACGCGCGCACGCGCACGGGAGGGUCCAACGGGGCCACGGCGCCCCCGUGCGGAGGGGCCGCGAGCGCUGAGGGCAGCCGCGCGCGUAGAGGAGGAGGAGGGACCAGGGCUUCGGCUAUGGGCUGGACCGGGACAGGAUGGAAAUGUGGAUAUAAGCAUCUGAGGGGCCACCGCUUCCAGAGUUCUAAAGGAUUUGGACAGGAGAAGAGGAAGAUGUUGGGGUUGGAGGUGUUUGUGCUCUGUCUUCUUUUUGGAGCCCUGACUCAUGCACAAAAAGAAGGCUGCACAGAACCGAGGGAGUGCAACAUAAACGUGUACUUCACUAUAGACACUUCUGAGACCAUCGCCCUGCAGGAGUCCCCGCCUGGGGCACUAGUGAAGAGCAUUAAGGACUUCACACAGCAAUUUGCAGAUCGUUUGGAAGAUGAAGAAUAUAAGGGGCUCAUAGACAUCAAAUGGAAAGUGGGUGGACUGCACUAUUCUCAGCAACAAGUUAUAAUCAGCGGUAUUGGACCUAAGGAUGAAUUCAUUCGAAAACUCAGGGGGAUCGACUAUCUGGGCAAGGGCACCUACACGGAUUGCGCCAUCAGAAGAAUGUCCCAGGAAAUGCAGCCCUUAUUGUCACUCAACAGAACCCACCACUUUGCUGUGGUCAUCACUGACGGUCACGUGACUCGUAACCCAUGUGGAGGAAUUAAGAUGACAGCAGAUGAAGCUCGGGAGAAGGGCAUCCACAUCUUUUCCGUGGCAUCAUCUCAAGUUAUGGAUGAUAUGGGGCUGAGGGAGAUCGCCAGCUCUCCAUCUUCACUCUACAGGGACAAGUUCAUUGCUGUGGAUCUGACUAGAGGCAGUGACAAAAUAAGAAAAGAUACCUAUGAGAAUAUCAUCAAGAAAAUGAAACAUCUGGCAUUUAAAGAGUGUUACAAGGUGAAAUGUCUGGAGAGAAAGGGACUUCCUGGUCCACCGGGCCACAGAGGACAGAAAGGUGCUAAAGGAGACAUUGGUGAACCGGGAGACAAAGGAGAUAAGGGCCGCGCCGGAGACCCCGGUAUCGAAGGUCCUAUUGGUCAACCAGGCAUCAAGGGAGAGCCAGGUCUGAAAGGCGAUAAGGGAGAUUUCGGGGCUCAAGGGAGAAAGGGUAAUAUGGGGACUGGAGGACGUAAUGGAACGGACGGUCAGAAGGGUAAAAUUGGACGGAUUGGCGCUCCAGGCUGCAAAGGAGACCCAGGCGACAAAGGUCCCGAUGGUUAUCCCGGAGAAGUUGGUGAACGGGGCACCCCAGGAACAGAUGGAGAGAAGGGAGAUCCUGGACGGCCAGGUAGAUCUGGUUCUCCUGGCACACCUGGAGGUAUUGGACCAAAGGGAGAUGUGGGAAGUCCUGGUUCACCUGGCGCUCCUGGGGAAAAAGGGAGGCUUGGAUCCCAGGGAGGUCCUGGACCUAAAGGCGAGCCGGGGAGAAGAGGAGACUAUGGGGCGAAGGGGACGCAGGGACCUGAUGGCGUCAAGGGCGACAAGGGGGAAAUGGGACAAGAAGGCCAGAGAGGACUUCCAGGAGAAAAUGGAGGUAAAGGGGCAAAGGGAGAGAAUGGUUUGCCAGGGCCAAGGGGACCACCAGGGGGACCAGGAGAGCGUGGGAAAAAUGGUACUAGAGGUGAUCCUGGAGAUGCCGGACCAAGAGGUGACCCUGGUCCAGCAGGACCAAAGGGAGACACCGGAAGACCCGGCUUCAGCUAUCAAGGAUCAAGAGGACAACAGGGUGAUAAAGGAGACAAGGGCAAUCCUGGACCUCGUGGCAGCAGAGGAGAAUGUGGUAAAAAGGGCCCACCUGGUAAUAAAGGAACCCCGGGAGAUCCAGGUGACCCAGGUUACCCAGGGGAGCCCGGGCAGAGAGGAAACAGAGGAGAUCCCGGGCCAGACGGGGGUCCUGGUCCAGAAGGAGAUCCUGGCCUCACUGAAUGCGAUGUCAUGAACUAUGUUAGAGAGACCUGUGGCUGCUGUGACUGUGAGAAACGUUGUGGGGCCCUGGACAUUGUUUUCGUUAUUGACAGCUCAGAGUCUGUGGGUCUCACUAACUUCACCUUGGAGAAGAACUUUGUCAUCAACACCAUAAACAGACUGGGAUCUUUUGCCAGUAGCCCUGAUAUGGAAAUUGGCACAAGAGUCGGAGUUGUUCAGUACAGUCAUAACGGGACCUUCCAGGCAAUCCACCCCAAUGACGAAAAGAUCAACUCACUGACUGCUUUCAAGGAAGCAGUGAAGCGCCUCGAGUGGAUCGCAGGAGGUACGUGGACUCCAUCGGCUCUGAAGUUUGCUUAUGAGAACCUGAUCAGGAACGCCAGCAGAGCCAAAGCCAAGGUCUCGGUUGUUGUCAUCACGGAUGGACGCUUUGACCCUAGAGAUGAUGAACGUCUGCUCCCUUACCUGUGCAGCAAGCCCGGUGUUGACGUAAACGCCAUUGGUAUCGGAGACAUGUUUAAUAAGAGUCAGGAGAACGAGAGUCUGAUGAGCAUCGCUUGCAAUGACCCUAACAAAGUAAUGGGAAUGAAGCGUUUCGCCGACCUUGUGGCGGAGGAGUUCCUGGAAAAGAUUGAGACCAAACUUUGCCCAGAUCCUCUCAUUGUAUGUCCAGAUUUGCCUUGUAAGACAGAACCCGCUGUGGCUAGUUGUGUCCAGCGACCAGUAGAAGUGGUAUUCCUGUUGGAUGGCUCGGAGAGAUUGGGUCUGGAGAACCACCGCAGGGCUAAAGAGUUCAUCAGCAGAGUGUCUCGCCAUCUCGUCCUGGCCAACGGGCCGGCGGACGCCAGAAACGCCCGCCUGGCGUUGCUGCAGUACGGCAGCCCGGAGGAACAAAGGGUGGAGUUCGCGCUCACACACGAUCUGAAUGAGAUCUCGAAAUCGCUGUCAGCCAUGACCUACUUGGAUUCCUCUUCUUCAUUGGGCAGCGCCAUCAUCAGAGCUGUCAACAACGUGGUGACGAAAAAGGCACGAGUCAACGCAGAAGUGUCCUUUGUUUUCAUCUCUGAUGGGAUCACGUCCUAUGAUCAGCUGGAUGAAGGCGUGUCGGCCAUGAAGAGAGCGGGAGGCGUUGCCACUGUGAUCUCCAUGGGAAGCGACCCAGAUGAAGAAGUGCUUAACAAAGUGUCCCUCGGGGACAGCAUGGAGGGACAGCUCCUCUCGGCCCUGUGCACCCCUGCUCUGGUGGUGGACGUGGACAUAGUGAAGGGAAACGCUCAGAGGAUGGUCGGACGGUGCCAGAAACUGGGCGUCCAGCUUCGCCCUCACAUGAAGACCCACAAAACGCUUGAGUGUGCUGACAUAAUGACGGCUGGAUCACGGAGGUGCAUAGUGGUGUCCACCCUGGCAGAGGCCUCUUUCUAUGCUGACCAUGGCUUUGAUGACAUCCUCUACGCAUAUCCACUGCCUUUUGAUAAGGUAGAACGCUGUGCAGCCCUGUCAGAGAGGUUGGAUCUCUUUCAAGUCUUGUUGGAUCAUCCUGAUGCUCUGGAGCAGCUCAAAAAGAGGCCCCUCGCUGGCGAUCGGCAGUGGCACAUCUGGCUGAAACUGGACUGUGGCAAUGGGAGGGCUGGCGUUCUGCACUCGGACCCAGAGGCACUCAAAUUGGCCCAAUCCAUCACUGAGACAGAGGGCAUGGAGCUAACAGGAGUCUAUGCCCACUGUGGGAACACCUACAGCUGCAGGGGAGAGGAGCAAAUACAGACUGUGGCCCAAGAAACGACAAGCUUAACUCUGCAUUUCAUGGAAAAACUGAAGGCUGUUGGCAUAACAUGUAAGUCCAGCAUCGGCUCUACCCCGUCCUGCAGUCAUCCAGUCGAUGACAUGGCAAAGCUUAGCGAGGUGCAUCCUGGAAACUACGCCUUCUAUGACGUGCAGCAGUCUGUUAUUGGCUCCUGCAGCCUGGAGGACGUGGCUGUGAGGGUUUUGACUCGAGUUAUAGGACACUGUCCACACAGGAACCAACUCCUGAUCGACUGUGGAUGGACUGGAAUCAGUUUGGAUGGAGCUGGAAAGCUUCCCACUGGAUACGCUGUCAUUGAAGGACAUCCAAAUCUCAAGCUGGUGUCAAUGACUCAGGAGCAUGGAAGAGUGGAGCCCAUCUCAGGUCCACUGGAUUACAGCAAAUACCCUCUUGGCUCUUUGUUCAAACUGAUACCCUAUCACUCCUGUGCAACUGCUGCCAUGCAUCCUGUAUUUACAAAAAUGAGUGUGUUGGAGGUGAAGUUCGUCGGGGACGGGGACGUUUUGGCCCACAUUGUGGAUAAACAGGAGGACGUACCGGGAGGCGGCCCUGCUCAGAGGAUGGUGACGUUUAAGAGUCCGGCCGGGAGGCGGGCACCCAGAGACGAUGCACAGCAGGAGGAGGAUGAAAACGGAGUUCUGGAUGAACAGAAUUACAUCCAUGCUUUGGGAACCCAAAACACAGAAGAGGAUGAGGACGGGUUGUCAAAGGUGGCUGGUUCCUCCAUCUUCACCUUCCAGAAAGGCCGACGUGGCCACAGCAUGGCCCAAACAGCAAAUGAACUGGCGCGGACUCCCGGAAAAAGCGUCAGCUUCAGCGCCGCCCCGAGCGUCGAACCCUCCACUCCGGUUCGAUCAGGACGCGGCCUCAGAGGUGAAAGCAGGACGCCGCAGAAGGGCAAAAAGGUUCAGUUUGUCUCCACGACACCGCACAGACUCAGGAAGAGAAUCACAGCCCCGAGCCUUCGCUCAGACAGCGACAGCGAGCUCUCCCCCUCUGACUCGGGGGAGGAAGACGAGGAGGAGGAGGUCGAGGAUGGGCUCGGGGAAGAGCAGAAAGCUAAAAAAGAGGACAAGGAAGCCCCGAAGAUGCCAAGAACUCCCACCAGAAGUUCAUCGGCAGCUCUCUGCAAGACUCCGGCUAAGAAGAGCAAGAACACGCCGCAGACUGUCAAACGGCAAAACAUGAUCCAGGAGUACUUCGAGGCCCACGGCAGCUCCAAAGUCUUGACCUCAGACCGCACCCUCGAGCGUUUGCACACCCCAAAACUAGACAGGGAGACUUUGGUUAAUCUUUUAGAAGGAAAAGCAUCAGCCUAUUCAACAGAGAUUCAGCAGCUGCACAGCAAACACAAAAAGCACUUUAACAAAUGGAUGUUGCAGUUACAGUUGGGGUUCAGCGUGCUGGUCUACGGUCUGGGCAGCAAGAAAGCGCUGCUGGAGGACUUCAGGGCGUCCCACUUGUCCCAGGAGAUCCACCUCGUGAUCAACGGCUUUUUCCCCUCCAUCACUCUUAAAUCGAUAUUAAACGCUUUGACAUGCGAAGUUCUCGAACACCCGGGAAACUUCCGAACGCCCCACGACCAAAUCCAGUUCAUCACCCAAACCUUUAAAGAUCGUCCAGACCUCCACGUGUACCUGCUAAUCCAUAACAUCGAUGGAUCCAUGCUGCGGGGGGAUAAGACCCAGAGUGCCCUGGGCCAGCUGGCCUCCAUCCCCAACCUGCAUGUCGUGGCUUCUUUAGACCACAUCAAUGCUCCAUUAGUGUGGGACCAGUUUAAGCAGAGCCAGUUCAACUGGCUGUGGUGGGAGUGCGUGACGUUCCAGCACUACUCGGAGGAAACGUCCUAUGAGAACUCGCUACUGGUGCAGCAGACCGGCGCCCUGGCGCUGUCCUCCCUCACGCACGUGCUCCGCAGCCUCACGCCCAACGCCAGGGGGAUCUUCAAGCUGCUGGUCAGAUUCCAGCUGGAAAACAAAGACAACCCCUCGUACGCAGGAUUGUCGUUCCAGGAUUUCUACCAGCGCUGCAGAGAGGCGUUCCUGGUGAACUCCGACCUCACGCUGAGGACCCAGCUGACCGAGUUCAGGGACCACAAACUCAUCCGCACGCGCAAGGGCGCAGACGGCGUGGAGUACCUGGUCGUCGCCGUGGACGCCAGCACUUUGAUGGACUUCCUGGAGAACGAGGAGGGAGACUGAGAGAACAAGACCCCGUAGUUUUCAAUCAUGUCUUCCUCCAGAUGUGGCCGGUCGGCCCCUCGUUUGAGGUCCCGGUCUGAUUAACAUUAAAUCUGACAGGUCUGGAAACACACUGUACAAAUGUGACAUCCCCAUUCUGUUUCACGCAAAUCCACACUUGCAGAAUACAUGCGAGUCAUUAAAAGCAACACUUGGCGUUAAUUUAUUGCUGGUUACUGUCUUUUUUUCUUUUUUUUUUUA